GAGAUCAGCCUCAUUAGGACUGCGGGCAUCAAACAUCCCACAGCGGAUAGGCUGGAGAUCUGCCUCAGAAAAAGUGCAAAAAAAUCUCCCUCAUAUGGUCGCUAAAUGUCUUUAUUAGCAUUUAGCCCGCUGUAUCCUUCACUGAAGCAUAAAUUAAUGUGAUUCACGGGACGAGAGAUUUGGCGCAGCGACCCAAAGGAUGAGCUGGAUGCUUCACCCGCAACAUGGAAAAGCAGGAGGACACACUGCUGCAUCUCUGCAAUAAAACACAACCAGGAGUCUUGGAAAUUCAAAGGAUUUUAGCGUGCAACUGAACACUUUAGAGGUGGAUUUAUGUGGAUAAAUAAUCAAUGGGAUCGAGACGGAGAUUGGAGAACUACUUUAUUGAGCACGAGGCUGAGUCCGAGUGAGUAUUUAACUAUUAAAUCUACUAAAGCGGAUCCACAAGUGGUGUUUUAAAGGGCAUUUGUCUUAAAGAAUCCACUGCAGGAUUUGGGCAAGCAACAGUUUAGAAGUAAAUGCAUAAUUGAUAUUAAUAGUCAGGAGUUUUUCUUAAGCAGGAAGGACAAAAGUCGAAAUUUCUUUAAGCCCUAAAGCCCUAAAACUUAUCUUGCUUGUUUGAUACAAAUGAUCGAAUGAUUAACAUGUCCAAUAUCCCAGAAGAUCGGAGUGUCCUAAAGCAGCAGCUCUAGAGGAUCCGUGCCUUUGAUACUGAGAAAUGGAUAAAUUAAGCUGGAGGUCUUGGGUUGUCCUGAAGCAGCCGCUCUAAAGGAUCCAUGUCAUUGCGUUGGUCGCUGUCCACUGCGCCGGUGGUGCUGAAAUCUGGAUGAUGCCGGCGCAGCGACUGCAGGGCUGCCGCUCCCUUCACAUUAACGAAGACAAUGGGCGCUUUCUGCUGCUCGCCGUGCUCAUCAUCGUGUACCUGCUGUGCGGCGCUGCGGUGUUUUCCGCCAUCGAGAGGCCGUCCGAGCUGCGAGCACACGGGCGCUGGAACCGGACCCUCCUGAACUUCAGCGACACGUUCAAUAUCAGCUUGCAGGAUCUGAGCUCCUUCCUGAAAGAGUACGAGGCUGCGAUUGCUGCUGGAGUUCGGGUCGAUGCUCUUCGACCCAGAUGGGAUUUUACAGGAGCGUUUUAUUUUGUUGGGACAGUGGUGUCUACUAUAGGAUUUGGGAUGACCACCCCUGUGACAGUAGCUGGAAAGGUUUUCCUGAUCUUCUACGGUCUGUUAGGUUGUGCGGCCACCAUCCUGUUCUUCAACCUCUUUCUGGAGCGCAUCAUUACCCUGCUGGCCGUGGUAAUGAAGGCGGUGCGUCUGCGUCGUUUGCGGACCAGCGGCCUUCUCCCACCGGGAAUCUGCCAGGACUUCGCGGCGAGUACGUUACCCGGUUGGAAACCUUCUGUGUAUCACGUGAUGCUCAUUCUGGGUUUAUCGGCCAUCGUGAUCUCCUGCUGCGCGUCAGCCAUGUACACUCCAGUCGAAGGCUGGGCGUAUCUGGACUCGCUGUAUUUUUGCUUCGUCACCUUCAGCACGAUUGGUUUCGGAGAUUUGGUGAGCAGCCAAAGCGCUGCAUAUGGCUACCAAGGACUUUACCGGUUGGCUAACUUCUUCUUCAUCUUGACUGGAGUAUGUUGCAUCUACUCGCUCUUCAAUGUCAUCUCCAUUGUCAUUAAGCAGGUCCUCAAUUGGAUGUUGGGGAAAAUGAGUUGCUUGUGCUGCCAGCGCUGCAACAAAGCAAAUGCUUUCUUAGGACGCCGCAACGCCAUCAGGCCCGGCUCGCGCCUUAGGCGCGGACGCUUCGGCCGGACGCCGGACACGGAUGGCCCUUGCGAUAGCGACACGGAGGGACGCAGGCUUUCGGGCGAGAUGAUAUCCAUGCGGGACUUGACGGGAUCCAAUAAAAUCUCGCUGGCCAUUAUGCAGAAACAGCUGUCGGAGUCGGCGAACGGAUAUCCCAGAACGGUGUGCGGCAGUUCACGGCAGAACGGCUUUUCUGGUGGCGUUGGUGCUUUGGGCAUCAUGAACAACCGAUUAGCAGAAACCAGUGACUCUAGGUAGAGGUACCCAUCUCAGAAACGACUGUUUUUAGCAGUAAAACCUCUCCAACUCUCUCUGGCUGUUGAGCGGUUUGGGUUUGCGAUUUAAAUUUUUGAGCUUGUGUAGAACAGCAUGGCAUGCAUGAACUGUGUAGGAUAUCCUGUAGGAUUUUUGGAUCGUAACUUGCUACGGCGUAUGCUAAGAACGCGUGCUAGGUAAUAACGGUGUGUUCAAAUCAUGUUGGAAAGAUCGUAUUCAUGAGCUGAAUGAACAAAAGCAUCAGUGCAAAGUCACAGUUACGAGUGGGAAAUGAGAAAUGUCCCAAGUUGGGAUUGUGUCAUUGAGAAAACAAGUCGGAUGCAGUGAAUGCAGCAUCUGUCUUAAUGGUAAAUCUAAGUUGCAUGCAUAAAAUACCAUAGUACUGUGUAAUUACAAUAUAAUCAUUUAAUUUACAACACCAUAAAUUGGAAAAAAAAGCAAAAACACACCAGAUGCACAUUCUUUAGUCAUUAUUUUUUAGUAAAAAAUCAUAAAUGUUUUGCUUGAAUCAUUUAUGUACACUACCAGUCAAAAGUUUUUGAACAGUAAGAUUUUAAAUGUUUUUUUUUUUUUUUUUUUAAAGUCUCUUCUGCUCACCAAGCCUGCAUUUAUUUGAUCCAUUUUUCUAAUAUUUUUACUAUUUAAAAUAACUGUUUUCUAUUUGACUAUAUUUAAAAAUUGUAUUUAUUCCAAUGAAUUCAAUGCUGAAUUUUAGCAUCAUUACUCCAGUCACAUGAUCCUUCCAAAAUCAUUGUAAUAUUCUGAUUUGCUGUUUAAAAAACAUUUAUUAUUAUUAUGUUGAAAAGAAAAAGACAUUUUUUUCAGA